UGUCGGCCUCAUCCUGGAGUCCCCGUAGUGGGGCCAGACCAUGAGCCUCUGGUCUGCCUGGCCUCGUCGCCUCUGGCCCCGCUGCACUCCAGCAAGGCCAGGAUGAAAAAGCUCCCGAAGAAGAGCCAGAACGAGAAGUACCGGCUGAAGUACCUGCGGCUGCGAAAAGCGGCCAAGGCCACGGUGUUUGAAAAUGCUGCUAUUUGUGAUGAAAUUGCUCGUCUUGAGGAAAAAUUUCUUAAAGCAAAAGAAGAAAGAAGGUACUUGCUAAAGAAGCUCCUUCAACUUCAGGCUCUAACUGAAGGAGAAAUACAGGCUGCAGCUCCUUCCCACGGCUCCAGUUUGCCCCUGACUUAUGGUGUGGCCAGUUCUGUGGGAACUAUACAGGGAGCUGGACCCAUUUCUGGGCCCAGCACUGGGGCAGAGGAACCAUUUGGGAAGAAAUCCAAGAAGGAGAAAAAAGAAAAAGGCAAAGAGAACAGCAAACUGGAAGUUCUGAAGAAAACAAUCAAGAAAAAGAAAAUGGAGGGAGGUGCUCGCAAGCUGGUUCAGCCCAUUGCCCUGGAUCCCUCAGGACGGCCUGUGUUCCCCAUCGGACUAGGGGGUCUAACAGUAUAUAGCCUGGGGGAGAUCAUCACCGACCGACCUGGCUUCCAUGAUGAGAAUGCCAUCUACCCUGUGGGCUAUUGCAGUACUCGGGUGUAUGCCAGCAUGAAGUGCCCAGACCAGAAGUGUCUGUAUACCUGUCAGAUCAAGGAUGGUGGUGUGCAGCCUCAGUUUGAAAUCGUUCCUGAAGAUGACCCCCAGAAUGCUAUUGUUGGCUCUUCUGCAGAUGCUUGUCAUGCAGAACUGCUCAGGACCAUAAGUGCUACUAAGGGGGAAUUAAUGCCUAACCUGCUUCCAUCUGGAGCUGAAUUUUUUGGAUUUUCUCAUCCAACUAUUCACAACCUGAUUCAGAGUUGUCCAGGAGCUCGAAAAUGUGUCAAUUACCAGUGGGUGAAAUUUGAUGUGUGCAAACCUGGAGAGGGGCAGCUACCCCAGGGACUGCCAGAGAAUGAUGUAGCUGUGAGUUUUGAAGCCUUUCAGAGACAGACCUUUGAUGAAGAGCAUAAUGAUCCCAUUUUACCAGGAUCCUUGGAGCUCCCUGAGCUUCAACCUGCAGCCUUUGUGUCAUCCUACCAGCCGGGGUUCCUGACACAGGGACCCUUGGUGGAUACUCACCUGCAGCACCUGAAGUCUCCAUCACAGUGCAAUCCAGUUCAAUCUUCAGAUUAAACAAAGAGGGAUCGGAGUCCACAUCAUUUUCAUCAGGAUGGAUUUUUAAUUUAAACUAAAAUUUAGAAUAUAUGGAAGAAGGCAGCAGUUCAGGAGUAAAGAAGACAUUAUCUUGUCAUAGAAGUUUCUAUGGUGACAGGUUACCCUGGAAAAACUGUUGAUUUAUUUUUAGUAAUAAAUUUCUCUUGACAAUUUUGCUCAUAUUUCUCUUCUUGUAAUCAGGACAUAAUCUUUUUUGUUUAGCUCUUCCUGAUAUAAACUUCAGUUCCUUAAAAAUCAGAGUGAAAGACUGUUCAGCUGCUAUUACAAAAUGCCAUUGGCUGGGUAGUUUAUAAUCAGAAAUUUAUUUCUCUUAGUUGUGGAGGCUGGAAAGUCUUUAAGUUCAAGGUGCUGGCAGAGUCAGUGGUGAGGGCUAGCUCCCUGGUUCAUAGACAGCCGUCUUGCUAUAGCCUCACAUCAUGGAAGGGGCAAGGCAACUAUCUCGGGACCCUUUUAUAAGGACACUAUACAGAAUCCUCGUGACGUAAUCCUCUCCUGAACACCCUAAUUCCUAAUAUUAUCUCAUUGGAGAGAUUAGGAUUUAAUUUAUGAUUUAAUACAGAUUUUGAGUCUUUAGCAGCUACUAAUUUGUGAAGGAGAUAAGAUUCUAGCAACCUUCCACUCUUGAUUUUGAUCCCAGUUGAGGACUCCCAAAUCCCCUAGCCCCUACAACCCAGGCUCCUGUUUUCUGCUCAUGGCAGUAUUGACAAACAGAUCCUCUGCUUGUACUCAAGUUGCAAAGUCCAGUCCAGGAUACAUCCAUAUUUUGAACAUCUUUUAAGCACUGAGCUGCGUUCCCAGCCCCUACGUUCCCUGUUUGUUUGAUGAGACAGGGUUUCACUAAGUUACUGAGGCUAGGAGAAUGUGCUUUAAACUCAGUUGAAACCACAUGAUUACACACAUUCAGAUAUAAUCAGGGAUUAGUUCCAUCCUCAUUUCACAUAACCCAUCAUUUUGUUUUAGCCAUCUAAUUAUAUAACUCUGCAUUCUAUACAACUGAAUUCUUUGGACAUUGCUUAUGUAGCCUUACUUGGAGGCCUAACUAUCUCUAAUGGCUACAACUCCACACUAUCUAUGGAAUUCCUUAGCUCCCCAUCCAUCAGGUGCCCAGGGAUGUCUGGAAAUGAAAGGAUCAGAAGUAGAAUGGGGAAGCAGUGGUGAGAAUGAAUUGUUCACAUGCUGUACUGCCUGACUACCAACUGAAGACACAUGAAUGGGAUUGGCAUUUUGUAGUAAUAAAUGUGACCAGCAGGGGGAGGGAUCAGAAGGAGCAGUGUUGAGAGCACAGCAAACUGGCCACUACAAAUGAACAGCAACUGUGUGACUGAAGUUCUAUAACUUUUAAAAUGCAAAAUAAACAGUGUAAAACUUGAAUAGUAGCAAAUCCAGUUGGGAGGGGAUCAAAGCUGUUGAGAUGUUUUAGUGUUUUAUCUUGUUUCUCUGCAUAAAUUGCCGGAGCAUAUUUGCACUUACACCAAAAUAAUAGAUGCUGCUUUUAUCAAAUAGCAAAUGUUUUUCUAUGGUAUUUCAGCCUGAGUAAAACUCAUCCUAAAAGAGAAUCUCAUCUUAGACAUUUAAAUUAUUUUAAUAAAUUAGUACAAGUUUACCAGAACUGUUUUUCAAAUUACAAUCAACCCAUUAGUUUUUCAUAAAUUUAAAGAGUCAACACCUACUUUUUUUAAAAUAAAAUAGAACAUAUUGAAACACAUCACAUGGAAAAAUAUUGUAAUUUUGAUUUCAAUUAUAAUUGUAUAUAUGUAUUUAUAUAAAUAUUUACAAAUAUGU